AUGGACAGACCAACGAAGGGCACGUUCCGCCUCGCGGGACAGGAGUUCCCUGAAGUGACGUGGUAUAAAGAUGCUGGGCUGAGGAAGACGUACAUCUGCUUGAUGUUUGUCGUUCUGACAUCGGCGACGAAUGGAUUCGAUGGAAGUAUGGUCAACGGUUUGCAAUCGCUUGAACCGUGGCAGGAGUACUUCGAUCACCCCAAAGGCUCCCUCCUCGGUCUCUUCGCCUGCAUCAUGUCAGUCGGCUCGCUGGCCGCACUGCCAGUCGUCCCAUACACAGCAGACAUCAUGGGCCGGAGAUGGGGUAUCAUCAUUGGCUGUGUCAUCAUGCUGCUCGGAGUCGUGCUCCAAGGUAUCUCGGUGAACUUCCGCAUGUUCAUCGCCGCAAGAUUCUUCCUAGGCUUCGGCGUUGCCAUCGCCCACGGCGCGUCUCCUUUGCUCAUCACUGAGUUGGUGCACCCACAGCACCGUGCGAUCUUCACCACGAUCUAUAACACGACCUGGUACUUUGGAAGUAUCAUCGCGGCGUGGACGACCUUUGGCACGAACCACAUUGGUAACAACUGGUCAUGGCGAGUUCCAUCUAUCUUGCAGGCGGCCCCAUCAAUCCUCCAACUUCUCUUCGUCUGGUUCGUUCCAGAAUCGCCGCGUUUCCUCCUGUCGAAGGGCAAGGUCGAGCAAGCCCACAGCGUCCUCGCCAAGGUCCACGCGAACGGCAAUCUCGAGGACGAAGUCGUGCUUCUCGAGCUUAAGGAGAUCAAAGAUACUAUCACCCUCGAAAAGGAGUUUGAAGGCAAUGGCUGGCUCCAGCUCUUCAACACCAAGGGCAACCGCCGUCGAUUGAUCAUUCUUCUCACUCUCGGACUCUUCUCGCAGUGGAGUGGAAAUGGUCUCGCGUCUUACUAUCUCAACCUCGUUCUCAACGACAUUGGCGUGACGAACAGCAACACCCAGCUCGUCAUAAAUGGCUGUCUUCAAAUCAUGAACUUCAUCGUCGCCAUCGGACAGUGCUUCAUUGUUGACCGCGUUGGUCGUCGCACUCUUUUCCUGGUCUCCACAUCUGGCAUGUUGGUGGCUUUCAUCGUCUGGACCGCAUGCGCCGGCGAGUUCGCGAAGACGGGAGUUCAGGCACAGGGCAACACCGUCAUCGCCAUGAUCUACAUCUACUACAUCUUCUACAACCUCGCCUGGUCUGGCAUGCUGGUCAGCUACUCAGCUGAGAUACUGCCAUACAACAUUCGUGCCAAGGGCAUGACGCUCAUGUUCCUGAUGGUGGACCUUGCGUUGUUCUUCAACCAGUAUGUCAAUCCCAUUGCGCUUGACGGUAUUCAGUGGAAGUACUAUAUUGUGUACUGUGUGUGGCUGGCGGUCGAGCUGCUGGUAGUGUACUUCUUCUACAUCGAGACGCGAUACACACCACUUGAGGAGAUUGCGAAGCAUUUUGAUGGUGACGAUGCGAUUGUGGGUGGUGCCGUUGCUACCGAGAAGGGCAAAGUGCUGGCGGCUGAGGUUGGUGGGUUGGACACUAUCGACCUCGGAGAGAAAAACCGCGUUGAGGUUGAGCAUCGUGAGCUGUAG